UCAUCGCUAAGCAUGGGGCCUCUGGGGCUGCAAACACCUUGCUUUCAAUUACACAGCUAAUCUGUGAGGCAGAGCUUGGCCCGGGGGGGGAAAUAGCUUAUCAAGUCAAGCAGCUUCUGCUGAAUAGGAUGUCGGUAUUUUCUAGGGCUCCCACUCUUAACCUAGUGGGAAGCCUGGAAGAGCCAAGAUAGAAUUGUGUGGAGAGGAUUGAGUUGGGGAUAUUGGUGUGUGGACCAGGGUGUUUGUGUCCUAGGCUAGAAAAAGGUGCCUGAGAAUCUCAGUCUCAUAUAGUCUCCCCCUUGUCUUUGCCCAUUUAAGGGCCACCACGAGCCCUUCUCACCACCUUCUGGAUUAUCAUCCUCACUGCUUCCUCCUAACAUUCAUUGAGCAUUUACUGUGCAACUUUGUCAGGCUUGCCUCUGACAUUUGCAAGGUAGAACAGGAGUACAGAUGGAGAUCCACGUACCAUGUGUCUAAACAUUCAAAGGUUAUGACUUAUUUUAAAUGAGGCUAACAAGUUGGUAUGUUCAUAACACCCUGGAAGACCAUAUCUGAAUCUUCACACUUCCUUUUCAUUUUGCACCCCCAACUCCAUUCCUCUGAACCCCCAAAGAUACCUGCCCUUUGAGAUUAUGUGCAACAGCAGCACAGCCUGCCCUCUGAAGAGUGUGUAGACCUUGAAAGCAGAUUGGGAAUACAGCCUGGAACAUGCUUCAGGCAGACAUUUCUCCUUGACUUUGCAGAACAGCCACAUGUGUACAUUUCCUAAGUCUCUUCUUUGUGGAUCAGAAAACUGACCCCUGUUUGAUACUGCUUCUGACCUCUUCUCCUUGGCAUUGUACAGAAUGUGUUCCAGUCUGACCUUGACUCUCAUCUAGAAUGAGCCCCUAAAUGGCUGUGUUAGUAGAACAGAGAUGUUCCAACUAGUCAGAGUAAAUUUUUCAUAUUAAGAGCUUCAGAGUUUGUAAAGUCCUUCUGUAUACAUUGUCCCAAACCCUAGGUGAUGAGAGCAAAGACCGGGUAGAGCCAAACCCAGAGGACUUGGCUCAUCAGCCAAGGGAUGAAUGCUGAUCCCGCUAUAGCACCAAGCAGAGACACACAACAGUGUUUCCUGUUCAGUAGCGGCCGAGGUCAUUAACAGUGCUGAACAGGAAGAAGUCUGAGGGGACCCAGCUAUGGUCCUGUCCCUGCCAGGUAACUGGCAGGAGCAGCAGUCACCAGUAGACCUCUGAACUGUCAUCCCCCCUGCUCUUCUUUCUGUCUUGGUCCACACACCUGACCUGGUUGGCUCCCUCCAGCCAAAAGCAGGUGGCAUCUUCCUGGGCCAAAACUUCAUGACUUUGAGCUGAACCAACGGGGAGAGUUAUCUGAUGCUCAUGGAGGAGCCCCACAAAUUUCUUAUAUACUCAUGGAUGCGAACUUUGAACCUGGCUUGUCAUCCAGGCUAGUUCCAAAGCUGGCACCAGGCUCUUCAUCAGAAGCAGUGCCCUCUCAGCCCCUCAUCUCCUGUGAUGAUGCACCCAGCGUAUCCUUGCUACUGUGGCUAACAUGUCCUUGAAGAUCCAGACGAGCAACGUAACCAACAAGAAUGACCCCAAAUCCAUCAACUCUCGGGUUUUCAUUGGAAACCUCAACACAGCUGUGGUGAAGAAGUCAGAUGUGGAGACCAUCUUUUCCAAGUAUGGCCGUGUGGCUGGCUGUUCUGUGCACAAGGGCUAUGCCUUUGUCCAAUAUGCCAAUGAGCGCCAUGCCCGGGCAGCUGUGGUGGGAGAGAAUGGGCGAGUGCUGGCCGGCCAGACCCUGGACAUCAACAUGGCUGGAGAGCCGAAGCCCAACAGACCCAAGGGGCUAAAGAGAGCAGCAUCUGCCAUAUACAGUGGCUACAGCUUUGACUAUGAUUACUACCGGGACGACUUCUACGACAGGCUCUUCGACUAUCGGGGCCGCCUGUCACCAGUGCCAGUGCCCAGAGCAGUCCCUGUGAAGCGACCCCGGGUCACCGUCCCCUUGGUCCGACGUGUCAAAACUACCAUACCUGUCAAGCUCUUUGCCCGCUCCACAGCCAUCACCACCGGCACAGCCAAGAUCAAGUUAAAGAGCAGUGAGCUGCAGACCAUCAAGACAGAGCUGACCCAGAUCAAGUCCAACAUUGACGCCCUGCUGGGGCGCUUGGAGCAGAUUGCCGAGGAGCAAAAGGCCAAUCCAGAUGGCAAAAAGAAGGGCGAGAGUAGCAGUGGCGGCGGCAGCGGUGGUGGCAGCGGCAGCAGCGGUACUGGUGGCAGCAGUCGGCCACCGGUCCCCCCGGAAGACACAGCUUCUGAGGCAGGCACGCCCCAGGGAGAAGCACAGGCUCGAGACGAUGGCGAUGAGGAGGGGCUGCUAACACACAGCGAGGAAGAGCUGGAGCACAGCCAGGACACAGAUGCGGAGGAUGGGGCCUUGCAGUAAGCAGUCUGACAGGAGCGAUGGCCACCCGCAGGAGAAAGGCAUACACUGUACCAGGCCUCAAGCUGGGCACCCACCCCUGGAUAGCACCCCCAGCGGGUCCCAGAGGAGAGCUGGCUGCAGGCACCACCUCCCUCACGUGUAUCAGCCAGUGGCGCGUUCUCUGCAGGUGGAGUUAUCAGCAUCCCUUCCUCACGUACCCUCCCUGUUGGCACUGCCCAGGCCAGAGGGCAGAGCACAGUCUCCCUAUACUCUGCCUCCCCUCCCCAGGACAUUCCCAGGCUUGGGGUUUUUCUAUAGGUUUGGAGGGGGGUGGGGCCCACAGGGAGGGGACCUUGACAAUAAAGAGAUUGGAUCCCAA